CUAUGUGUUUUCAAUUUCUCAAAGUAGAGGGAAAUUAUCUUUCAAACUUUGUUCCUGUCUAGCUCGAAAAUAAGCACACAUUUUCAUUGAUGUCUUUUCUUCAUCUUUUCUACUGUUUCUCCUCAUAAAUCCAACACCCUUUUUCCUUUUUCUUUCAUUCUCUUACAACUUGGUUUCCUCCUAGUUCUACACACCCUUCAAUCAUUCAGGAUAAAUGGGGAGGAUCAAACCUCAAGCUCUGCUACAACAAAGCAAAAGGAAGAAGGGGACUUAUCACAUGAAUCCAAUGACUAUUAUAAUUUACACAUUGACUCUUGUCAUAUUUGUGUUUUUCUUGUUUGCUACAUUCAAAUAUUGGUCCAACAGGACAAGAUUUCAGCCAAAGAAUCACAUAUCAAUCUUUGAGGAUGAAAAUCCUUCUGUGGAAUCCAAAAAAUCUGAUCUACCUGGAUAUGCAGUUUUAAUGACCUCUAAAGGUUCUAUAAUUAUAGAACUUUACAAGGAAAGUGCUCCUGAAAUUGUUGAUGAGUUCAUCGACUUAUGUCAAAAGGGGCACUUCAAGAGGAUGCUUUUUCACCAAGUAAUUAAGCACUAUGUGAUUCAAGCAGGUCAUAACAAAGGGCCAGAAUCUUAUGAAGAUUGGAAUCUGAGAGGGAAGAAAUAUACAAGUAUGCAACAUGAAGCAUUCAUGCUUGGAACUUCCAAAGGCGAACACUUUAAUAAAAGAUUUGAUCUUUUCAUCACAACUGCACCAAUUCCGGAUCUAAAUGAGAAACUUAUUGUUUUUGGUCGAGUCGUAAAGGGAGAAGAUGUAGUUCAGGAAAUUGAAGAAGUGGAUACAAAUGAACAUUACCAACCAAAAAUUUCUAUUGGCAUAAUUGAUGUGGCACUUAGACAGAUGAUGUGAAGGCUCUCUGUAGCGCGACGAUUCAUCGUAAUUCUUUUAAUGAUACCUUGUUUUGGUACUCUAAUCUUCUACAAAGAUUAUAAGCCUCAAUAAAUUUAUCUUCUUUUGGUCAUUUAGCUUUGAUGCGAGUUUAGCUUCAAGUUUGAUAUUAUUGUGAGUUUGUCAAAAUCACAAAAUGUCACUGGGAUUUCAAAAAAAUUACGACUUGUAGUUUUUACAAAAUCACGGUGACUCAAUGUCAUUUUAACAAAUCACCGUGGUAAGAAAUAUACUUCGAGUGGUUUAUGAUUUCCCUCCUUGUGUCAUAUUGUUUGGUCUUUUUAGGUAGGUCUCUUGUGGGAUUGGUGAUAUCUCACUUUACAUUUGAUUUUUGCAUUGCUCUUCAUUUGUAACACAAAAGGGUA